ACAAGCUUUUAAUUAUCACCUUUAGCUACCGCCCACACAACCACAUUCAUAAUGGCUGUUCGCCUAGUGAGGAGUGUUGUAUUAGUUGGUUCUGUUCUUCUUCUCUUUUUGUUUUUAUUGUACAGCGUGGCAGGAGUAUUGUCUAAUAGAACGAGGAAUAGUGUAUCGUUAAAGUUUCCAACCAGUAUCGGUGAUAUAAAGGAUCUCAUUAAUGAUGCACUAACACUCAAAAACGAUGAGCUGUAUCUAGUGAUGGUUCUAUACUCCUUGGCAUAUCUAUUCAAGCAAUGUUUUAGCAUACCUGGCUCAUCUCUCCUCAAUUUAUUUGCUGGAGCAGUUUUUGGCUUGUGGAUUGGAUUUCCUCUUGUUUGUGUCUUGUCAGCCUCAGGGGCUUCAUUGUGUUUCCUGUUAUCAAAACUUGCUGGAGAGGAAUUAGUAAAAAUGUGUCUGAAGGAGAGACUAACCAGUCUAUCAACUAAAGUCAAAGGUCAGUCGGGAUUCGGUGAGUUUCUCAUGCUUUUGUCUCUAAGGCUCUUCCCUGCUACACCAAACUGGCUGCUCAAUCUCUCCCUGCCUCAUCUUGGAGUUCACUCGGGAAAAUUCUUUCUCUCUGUCUUCUUUGGUUUGAUGCCGUAUAACUUUCUCUGUGUUCAAGCUGGUCUCAUACUGAGGGUAUCCACAAGUGUCGAUGAUGUCAUGGAUUACAAGAUCUUUGCAAUUUUAACUAUCUCAUCUUUCAGUCUCCUCGCAGCUACUUUCGGAAUGAGAAAAUUAAAAAAGUCAUAAAUCAUAUUUAUUACAGUCAUAAAUAUUAUUAACACAAAGAAUAUUAAACAUCCAAA